UGUGUUUUUUAAAUGGGGACGAGAGAGUGUUGGAGAGGCAAAUAAAUGAUAUUGUUCUGAAAUUUUGGACUGAUUUUUAAACCCUUUCUGCUUGUUACCCAGAUCUGGUCUAGAGAUUUUGAUGCUGUAGUAAAUAGUUUCUUUUAGUUUUCAUCUGGACACAGAACUGAUAUUUAAGGCAUUUAAUUUUUACUUCUGCUUUUACUAUUGCUGUCAGUCUUGUUGCAUGGCACGAAUUACAAAGCUCUAAAAGAGCAUUUCCGAAGGCUGGUUGGAGUUUAUGCCCUGGGAAUCUUGCCGGAGAGAUUAACCUCUUCAGGGCUGCUCCACAGAGCAGACCCAGUGAUGCACAUGCUCUGGAAAACGAAUCCUGCUUCUACAUGCCCUUACCACACUGCCUCCAGCAGAACUCUAGGAAAAUGUUAACUACCUUUGCUCUUUUACUCCAUCAGGGACUCUUAAAGCUCUGCAUGCAUCAGAACCCCCAGGGUGCCUGGUGAAAGGCAGGUGCCUAGGCCACACCCCCAAAGAGUCUGAGACCUGGGGUGGGGCCAGGAAUCUACUCAGGUGACUCCCAUGCAGGAUUAGAAAAGCACAUUAAUCUUGCCAGCGUUGUCAGGAGUGAUCAGCGAGUUUUAUUAAAAGCCUUGGGAUUGCCUGAAAGGCCUCCUUGUCUGAGUUUGCAAUGAAAGAGACAUGUUAAGAUCUUGGGGCACAUUGUCGGGACCCCUUGCCCUGCCCCUUGGACUAUGAGCUGACAUCCCUGGAAGAAGCACAGAAGCCGUCCUUUGUUGAAGGGAUUUUGCCGGUGGACGGAAACAAGCUGGCCCCUGUCGGCAUGAGCUCUCUCAGUUGGGAUGGGCUGAGAGCCCUGCUGCUGCUGCUCCUCCUGGGCUGGGCCAGCCCCACCUUCAUCAGCGUGAACCGUGGGGUCAGGGUGAUGAAGGGCAGCUCUGCCUUCCUGUCAGAGGAUGACCUGAAGUUUGCCAUCCCCAAAGAGAAGGACACUUGCAAAGUGGAAGUUGUGAUGAAUGAGCCAAUAACCCAGAGGGUUGGGAAACUCACUCCGCAGGUCUUUGAUUGCCAUUUUCUUCCCAAUGAAGUAAAGUAUAUUCACAACGGUUGCCCAAUUCUUGAUGAAGACACCGUGAAGCUUAGACUUUAUAGAUUUACCGAGACAGACACCUUCACGGAAACCUUUAUCCUGCGGGUCUAUCUCCUGGAUCCAGACUGUAACAUUAUCCGUAUGAGUAACAAUGUACUGGAGGUGUCUGAAUUCUACGGCCUGUCCCGAGCCAUUGAUAAGAACCUGCUCCGAUUUGAUUAUGAUAGAACAGCUACCCUGGAGUGCACAGUCAGGCUGGACCCUGUGGGAACUCGGCUGCCAGCCCACGGCCAGGUGGUGGUGGUGGAGCCUCGGCCAGAAGAACCUCGUGGAGAUCAGCCACACAGUUUUUUCCCUAAGUCUCAACUGGGAACAGAACUCAAGUGUCCAGGUGGAAACUGUACCCUGGGACUGAAGAAAAUAGGAAGUCUCAAAGUGAGCUGUGAGGAGUUCCUGCUGAUGGGGCUUCGAUAUCAACAUAAGGAUCCUCCUUCUCCCAACAUUGAUUAUAUCUCCAUCCGACUGGACCUCACAGAUAGCAGGAGUAAGAUCGUAUACAAGUCAGAGAGCGCGUGGUUGCCCGUCUACAUCAGAGCUGGCUUUCCUAAUCAGGCUCCCAGGGCGGCGUUCAUGGCCAUGUUUACCCUGGAGGUGGAUCAGUUCAUCCUGACCUCUUUGACUCCAUCAGUUCUGGACUGUGAAGAAGAUGAGACCCCCAAGCCCUUGCUGGUGUUCAACAUCACUAAGGCCCCGCUCCAGGGCUUUGUGACCCACCUGUGGGAUCACACCAGGCCAGUCUCCUCAUUCACCUGGAAAGAUCUCAGUGACUUGCAGAUUGCCUACCAGCCACCAAACAGCAGCCAUUCAGAGAGGAGACAUUACGAGGUGGAGUUGGAGGUAUAUGACUUCUUCUUUGAAAGGAGCACGCCAAUUACCGUCCACAUCUCCGUCAGAACAUCAGAUACAAAUGCCCCGCGAGUGUCCUGGAACACAGGUCUGAAUCUCCUGGAAGGGCAGUCUCGGGCCAUCACCUGGGAACAGUUUCAGAUUGUUGACAAUGAUGACAUUCGGGCGGUACAGCUAGUCACCGUGGAUGGCCUGCAGCAUGGACGGCUCACAGUGAGAGGGGGGAAAGGAUUUCUCUUCACUGUGGCUGACCUGCAGGCUGGGGUUGUUCGCUAUCAUCACGAUGACAGCGACUCCACCAAAGACUUUGUGCUCUUCAGGAUAUUUGAUGGUCAUCACAGCAUCCGCCAUAAGUUUCCCAUCAAUAUUCUGCCCAAAGAUGACAGUCCCCCGUUCCUCAUCAACAAUGUCGUUAUUGAAGUGGAGGAGGGACAUACAAUCCUGAUCCAGGGUUCCAUGCUGAGAGCUUCAGACAUGGACUCCAGUGAUGACUAUAUCUUCUUUAAUAUCACGAGAGCUCCUCAGGCUGGAGAGGUCAUGAAGAAGCCAGCGCCAGGAUUGAUAGGCUAUCCUGUCCCUGGCUUCCUCCAGAGGGAUCUGUUUAAUGGCAUCAUCUACUAUCGUCACUUUGGUGGAGAGAUCUUUGAAGAUUCUUUUGAAUUUGUCCUUUGGGACAGCCAUGAACCUCCAAAUCUCUCAGUGCCACAGGUGGUGACAAUUCAUAUCACUCCAGUGGAUGAUCAGCUUCCAAAAGAGGCUCCUGGAGCUUCUCGGCAUUUGGUUGUCAAGGAAACGGAGGUGGCCUACAUAACUAAGAAGCAUCUACAUUUCAUAGAUACGGAAUCAUAUGACAGGGAGCUGCUCUAUACAAUAACAACUCCUCCAAUUUUCUCUUCCAGUCACAGACAUUUGGACGCUGGGAAAUUAUUCAUGGUGGAUAGCAUACCAAAGCUAACCAAAAAUCCUGCAGCGCAGGGCUUGAAGUCAUUCACUCAGGAUGCUGUGAACUAUAUGAAGGUGGCCUACAUGCCACCCAUGCGUGAUAUAGGCCCCCAUCUACGACACGUCCAGUUCAUGUUUUCCAUCAGUAACCAGCACGGAGGCGCUUUGCACGGGAUCUGUUUUAACAUCACGGUUCUUCCAGUGGACAACCAGGUUCCUGAGGUGCUCACCAUCCCCCUGAGAGUGGCGGAGGGAGGUCACUGCGUUAUCAGCACAGAGCACAUUCUGGUGUCCGAUGUGGACACCAAACUGGACAAUAUCUACCUCUCCCCACAGAGGCUGCCCCAGCACGGAAGGGUGGAGCUGAAUGGAUUUCCUUUGAACGCAGGGGGCACAUUUUCUUGGGGAGACCUCCAUGCCUUAAAAGUUAGGUAUCAGCAUGAUGGAUCCGAGGUACUUCAGGAUGACAUACUCUUGGAGGUCACAGAUGGCACCAAUUCAGUAGAAUUUGUUCUACACAUUGAGGUGUUCCCCGUCAAUGAUGAGCCACCGAUCCUAAAGCCUGACCUCAACCCCCGGAUGCAUUGCUCAGAGGGCGCUGAGGUGGUCAUCACCUCUGAAUACAUUUCUGCUACUGACGCGGACAGUGAUGACAUGAAACUGAUGUUUGUGAUUUCUCGGGAACCUCAGCACGGGGUGGUGAGGAAAGCUGGGGUCAGAGUGGACCAGUUCUCUCAGGGAGAUGUCAUCUCAGGGGCUGUGACGUACAAACAUACAGGUGGUGAGAUUGGCCUGGCGCCUUGUUAUGACACCAUUACGAUAGUGGUUUCGGAUGAAGAAGCAGGUCCUUUUGUGAAUGGCUGUUGCUACAACGGACGUCAUCCAUCUGUUCCUCUUCAUGGGUCCUUUCCGCUGUAUGAUCUCAACAUCACAGUGCAUCCAGUGGACAACCAGCCGCCUUCAAUUGCAAUAGGUACCAUGUUCGUGGUAGAUGAGGGUUUCUCAGCAGCCCUCACCAUUAACCAUUUGUCAGCCGCUGACCCUGACACUGCAGCAGAUGACUUGGAGUUUGUUUUGACUUCCCCUCCCCAGUUUGGCUAUCUUGAAAACACCCUCCCUUCUGUGGGUUUUGAAAAAAGCAAUAUGGGCAUAAGUAUAGCUUCAUUUCAGUGGAAAGACAUGAAGGCUUUGCAUAUUAACUAUGUGCAGUCCAGGCACCUGAGGAUGGAACCCACGGCCGACCAGUUCACAGUGUAUGUCACAGAUGGGAAGCACCGCUCCUCAGAGAUACCAUUUUACGUUAUAAUCAACCCCACAAAUGAUGAAACUCCUGACUUUGUGGUGCAGAAUAUUACUGUGUGCGAAGGUCAGAUGAAAGAGCUGGAUUCUUCCGUCAUCAGGGCUGCUGACCUGGACGUCCCCGAGGACCCCUUGCUGUUCCGCAUCAUUCACGCACCUCGCCAUGGGCUCCUGAUCCGCGGAGCUCUCAGCGAGGACUUUCCUCGGCCUGAGCAGCCUGCCCGGCCCGGCCAGAAGCACGAGCUUGUUCACAACUUUUCCAUGGAACUUCUCAGAAACGGAAUGAGGCUGAUGUAUGUACAUGAUGACUCAGAGAACCUUGCUGAUGACUUUACAAUCCAAUUGUCGGAUGGGAAACAUAAGAUACUUAAAACCAUUUCAGCAGAGGUCACCCCAGUCAAUGAUGAGAAACCAAUGCUGACCAAAAAGGCUGAAAUUACAGUGAAUAUGGGUGAAACUCGUGUUAUUUCCAGUGCUGUUCUCUCAGCCAUAGAUGGAGACACACCCAGGGAGAAGAUUUACUAUCUGUUUGAAAGGCUUCCCCAAAAUGGGCAACUUCAGCUUAAGAUAGGGAGGGACUGGGUGCCCCUCUACCCUGGCAUGAAAUGCACUCAGGAGGAAGUGGAUCUGAACUUGCUGCGAUACGCACACACCGGGGCACUGGAUUCCCAAAACCGAGACAACUUCACCUUCUACCUCUGGGAUGGCGACAACAGGUCACCUGCCUUUGACUGUCAGAUCACCAUCAACGAUAUGGGAAAAGGUGAUAUUGUCAUCCUUGCAAAACCACUUGUGGUGCCUCAAGGUGACAGAGGUUUCGUGACGACCACCACUCUCCUUGCUAUGGACGGAACAGACAAGCCUGAGGAGCUGCUCUAUGUCAUCACCUCCCCCCCGCGAUACGGCCAGGUGGAGUACGUCCGCUACCCCGGAGUCCCCAUCACAAGUUUCAGCCAAAUGGACAUAGCAGGACAGACAGUCUGCUACGUACAUAAGAGGAAGGCACCUGUCCCCAGUGACACAUUCAGAUUCAUUGUCAGCAAUGGACUGCAGACCAAGCACGGGGUGUUUGAGAUCAUACUGGAGACUGUGGACAGAGCCUUACCGGUGGUGACCAGGAACAAGGGGUUGAGACUGGCCCAAGGGGCCACAGGCCUGCUUUCUCCUGACUUCCUUCAGCUGACCGACCCUGACACUCCCGUGGAGAACCUCACCUUCCUUUUGGCCCAGCUCCCACAACACGGCCAGCUCUACCUGCGGGGGACAGUGCUGCUUCAACAUAAUUUCACUCAGCAGGACGUAGACAGCGGGAAUGUGGCCUACAGGCACUCAGGAGGGGACUCCCGGACUGACUGCUUUACUUUUGUGGCCACAGAUGGCACAAACCAUGGCUUUGUUGUGGAUGGGAGAGUGUGUCAAGAACCUGUUUCAUUCACCAUCCAGGUGGACCAAUUGGACAGAACAGCCCCCCACAUCACACACUUGCAUUCCCCUUCUCAAGUGGGACUCCUGAAAAAUGGCUGUUACGGGAUUUACAUCACUUCCCGUGUGUUGAAGGCAUCAGAUCCUGACACCGACGACAAUCAGAUUAUCUUUAAGAUUUUACGAGGCCCCCAACAUGGACAUCUGGAGAACACAACAACAGGUGAAUUUAUUCAUGAGAAAUUUAGCCAAAAGGACUUAAACAGUAAGACCAUUCUUUACGUCAUAAACCCAUCUUUGGAAUUUAAUUCAGAUACCAUGGAAUUUCAAAUCAUGGACCCCACAGGGAACUCUGCCACUCCUCAAAUGUUGGAACUGAAGUGGUCUCAUAUUGAGUGGACACGGACUGAAUAUGAGGUCUGCGAGAACGUGGGCGUGUUGCCCUUGGAAAUCACCAGGAGGGGCUAUUCCAUGGACUCAGCCUUUGUGAGUGUAAAGGUCAACCAAGUGUCAGCUACAGUUGGAAAAGAUUUUACGAUUACUCCAUCUAAAUUGAUUCAGUUUGACCCAGGAAUGUCAACUAAGAUGUGGAAUAUAGCAAUUACCUAUGACGGAUUAGAGGAAGAUGGUGAGGCCUUUGAAGUGAUUCUGAACUCCCCUGUGAAUGCCGUGCUUGGCACAAAGACAAAAGCUGCGGUGAAAAUUUUGGACUCAAAAGGAGGACAGUGCCAUCCUUCAUCUCCCUUCACCCCAAACGAGCACAACGCGUGGAAGAAGGGCAUUUGGCACCCGCUGGCGCCAGGGUCUUCCUCCCCCACCACUCCUGGUUCCUUUCAUCUGGAAAGAAGACCUCUUCCGUCUUCCAACCGGCUAGCAAUCACCAGGGGAGACACCCCACAGGGCUUUGAUUCUACAUAUCUUUAUGGAAGGAAACUUAGAACCCAAGGGAAUGGCAAAACAGUUCAUCCAUCCUCUGUUUAUAGAAAUGGGACAGACAUCAUCUAUAAUUAUCAUGGAAUGAUUUCCCUGCACCUGGAGGAUGACAGCUCCCCAACUCACAAAAGGAAGACCAAAGUAUCCGUUAUUAGUCGGCCACAAAAGACAAUCAAAGUGGCAGAAAGGCCUCAAGCAGAUAAGGUGGAAUCCACAACCAACUCACACUUCCCCAGACAGAGCCAUCUGCCCUCAUUUCCAAAGAACUGCACACUGGAAUUGGAGGGACUCUUCCAUUUCGAUGAAAGCCUCCAAAAGCUGUAUAAGUGCAACGGGAUUGCCUGGAGAGCUUGGAGCCCCCAAACCAAGGAGGUGGAAGACAAAUCCUGCCCGGCCGGGUGGCACCAGCACUCCGGCUAUUGCCACACCUUGAUCACAGAACAGAGAGGCACGUGGAACACAGCGGCCCGAUCUUGCAGGGGACAUCACCUGGGCAGCCUUGUAACUGUCCUGUCCAGGCAGCAUAUGCGGUGGCUCUGGGACUUCAGUGGAAGGAAGCCCUUCUGGAUAGGUUUGAAUAAUAAAGUGCAUGCUGGCCGCUGGGAGUGGAUUGGCGGUGAACCUGUCACCUUCACCAACUGGAGGAGAGGACCCCCUCGACGUGCAAAGCCUGGCAAGAACUGUGUUUUGGUUCAAAGACAAGGCAAAUGGCAAACAAAGGACUGUAGGAAGGGCAGACCUCACAAUUAUGUGUGCUCCUGGAAACUGUAAAUGUAACUGGCCUUACAGGUGCCCAUGGGAUUUCUCACCUAUUUAUUUACAGGAUUUGUGCAUAUUGCUCAAUAGAAAACAAGGUGUCAUGACUGACUUGGUACUUUUUUUUUAUCAUAGUAUAUGACUGAUUGUAUUUUGUUAAAAAAAAAAAAAAAGGACCAUAAAUGAAUAUAGCUCCAGGAAAAGUGAUAAAUGAAAAUUUCUUACAGGAGGAGAUACAAUUCUUGCAUCUCAGUACUUUUCAAAAUAAUGCCUGAUAUAUUAUUUGGAACAAGAUUUGCUUCUUCUAGGAGACCACCACCCGACCCUAUUCCAUAUCUCAGUCAGCACCCAGUUCAUGGUCUUUGGAAUUUUUAGUCCCAAUACUUCAAAUAAUUCCAUGCUGAAAUCAAUAUUGCAGGUUCUUCUAUCACUUGAGUCUGAGUGAAGCUAACCCUAGUUCAUUAAAUCAAGGUGGAACUGCGAAGGGCUAUUUUGUCCUUUGGAGCCCUUUCAAAUGUGAAACCUGAGCUAAGAGGCUAUGGCUCAGAAGGAGAAUUCUCUGUGGUGAAAAUGGGAAGCUUUAGAUGGAAGAAUCUUGCCGAUGGAAGCUCAUCUGCAAAGCUCUAGCCAGGGAAGAAUUCAGAGGAUCCUGCAGUAAGCAUGCUGGCCCUGUGCCAUUCCCAGGCUAGUGGCUGGAGUUGCCCAGCCUUUCAGGUCAUGGGAAACUUGAAGUAACAUGAGCCUCUCUAUUCAUUCGUGUUUAUAGUACUGACUAGGAUUUCUCAAGGACAUUUGGAAUAAAAAUCAUAUAUAAGUAAUGGUUAAUAUAUAGAACAAAAAUACUGCUUCCUCCGAAGUAUCCGAAUGAACUACGCUGACGAACAAAAAAAUAAUACUGAAAACAAAGCCCUUGAAAGCCUAUAUUCUCAGAAAGGAUUUUGAUGCAAAUAUUAAACCUUUAAUAUUUGAAAUGCCACGUUAACUCGAUUCUCUAAUAUAAAGGUAUCUUAUUGAUUUAUAAUGUCAGCUGAGCCAGACGUUUUUGUAGCAGUGAAGCAUGUUGUGGACUUGUAAGAACUCCCUUCUGAAAUCAAGGUUUAAUUACAGGAAAUUAGACAUUUAUUUUUGAAACAUUUAUUCAAAAUUUUUCUCUUUUCAUAAUCACUAAAAAAUAUGGUUCUGCCAAAUGUAACUUGCUGCAUGAGCACCAGUGUAGCUUCAGAAUCAAAAUGAGGUUACCAAGGCCAAUGCUUCAGUGCAGGUUUUAUUACAGUAAUACCUUGAGUGAAACUAAGACAAAGUGAAGAAAUUCUGCCAAGUUUCAGGAGAUAAAACACGACAAGCUUGUUUUACUUCUGUUCAUUUAUCAAGAUUUUGGUUAAUAGAAAUAUUUACAAAGAGAGGCUGGGGAUAAGAUUUAGGCAUUCUACCUCUUAAUAAAGCUAAAUAUCAUUGUGGAGUCAGGAGGCUCCUUACCUUAAAUAUGACAAGUAGGCUCUGGACUGGCACUACAUACGUCUCCUGCGUGACACAAGUAGUCUCUGGUGUUUAACCAAAAGAUGCAAAACCCAUCCUUCAAACCAGCUCCAGCCCCCUCUGACCAGCUGGGCUCUGCGGUGCGGAAAGGUGUGAUGCCUGAUAAACAAAAGAAGAGUUGUUUACAUCCUAGGAGAGAAAGUAAAAGUUCAAGGAAUGAGGAGUUCAAGGGCCAUACAUUCCUACUGGGACUCUAGAACUGUAUUAACGAUUUGAAAUUGAAAAUCCAGAACCAUGGCAGCCGUGUAGACCUGUUUGUCAUGGUGGAUUUUCUUACACAGUGACUAUAACGGCAAUGGCAGUGAUGUUUAAGUGUAAUUGCAGUGUUAGCACAAAGAGAGACCGUUUUGAAUUUUUAUAGCAAUGAGAAAUAUUACAAGAAUGUUUAAAAAUAUUCCUGGUCAUGGAGGCAUUCAUCACGUUGUAAAAUCCAAGUAAUUGAAAAAAGAUAGAAAUAAAAAUUCAAGUGUGGGUGCCGGGCAAUAUUCAUCGUGACCUUCGUUUCCUUCUCAAGGCUGAGCUUGACACAGGGUGGGGAGAAGUGAAUGAUU